CAGAGAAAUGAUCAGGAGCAAGUCAAAAGUAUCGAAAAUAAUUGUGAUUGGUGAUAAAGGAGUCGGCAAGUCGAAUAUUGUCACUAGAUUUACACAAAAUGAGUUCAGCCUUGAAAGCUCUUCGAAUCCGAUGAUCAACAUUUAUACUGAUGUCAAAAUCAAACCAUUCAGGUUCCCUGAAAUCAGGAGGAGUGUGAUUAGAGGUGAGGAAGAUGACCUCAAGUUCCAUAUCUGGGAUACUGAAAGCCAAGAUGCACUCAGGAGCACAGAUCUUUAUUUCAAAGGAUGACAUGGAGUCCUUCUUGUGUAUGAUGUCACCAAGCAAGAAUCCUUUGAAAACUUAGAGAAAUGGGUUGAAAUAAUUAGAGAACAUCUCUCAGAUGCGAAGAUACUCCUUGUAGGUAAUAAAAGUGAUCUUCACCAUCUUAAAACAGUAUGAACUGAAGAUGGCCAAGCCUUUGCAGACUCUAAGGGUAUAACUUUCUAUGAAGCUAGUGCCUUAGAUUGAACUAACAUUAAAGAUGCAUUUGAAGAGCUACUUCAGACUGUAGUCGACUCAAACAACACCAUGAGGUAA